CGAUAUCAAUCUGUACCGCUCACCGCCAUCCCUCGCUGAUAACACCGACAAUUAGUCAGGGCUAAGUUCAGACAGGUAGGCUUCCCUAUACAUUAAGGACGGGUCAAAUCACAAAGUAACCAGCAGUGAUGACAUUCAACAAAUUGUAUUUCCACGUCGGGUUAUUUCUCUUCACAAUUGUGUCUUUCUGCCACACAAGACAAUGUUCCUUAAAGAAACAUCCUUGCAUAAGUGAAUUCAAACUCUGGACUCUGGAUGAAAAUCGUCAAGGUUUUGUAGAAAUAUCUCUUCCCGCGCAGCCUCUUUCAAAAUCUCAGUACAGUGUAAAGUUGAUGUCGAAGACUUCUAUGUACGCUGUACAACUGUUUGAAGACCCUUACCGGAACCGGAAGUACGCCAUGUGUAACAUUGCACUAGGGGAGGAUGUGGAUGACAACCAACCGUGGGCCAUUGUGCUCUUGGGAGGAGGAACUGUCAUUGAUGGCGUAAUCUAUACAUAUAACUAUUCAGAUUCUCGGGCCCAGGCACUCUCCGAAGACACUGGCCUGGAUGAUAAUGUUUUGGUUGAUAACAAGAGUCUCUCGCUCAGUCGGUGUGGUUCAUCAUAUGUCCAGUCAUUUCCCACGAUGGGGGAGGACAAUGACUGCCCCACUUACAUUGAUGUAUUUACGGUAGAUGACAGCGAUGAUGAAAUGGAAGAUGAACCGGAUGCCGCUGCCAGUCCUCCGAGGCGGAAGUCCCCUGUUUCACAAUUUACCGGAAUUACAAACAAUAAAAAAACCACAUCAAGAAUGCCUGAAAAAACCACGAAACUAACACGUGCAACCGACAAACACCAUGGAGCAAGUUCCAAAUCGCCGUCAUCGACAAAACCUUCGAGUACACCUACGAAGACUACCGGUGUGGUUACGCACAGAUCACAACAAACAUCAACACGUCAACAUACCUCAGCGUUAACGCAACCAACGUCACCAAGGAGUUUAGCUUCUACAAAACAACCAACCGCGCCGCCUUCACCAUCGUCAACGAAGCCAACGUCACCACGAACUUCAGCUUCUACAAAACAUCAACCAACCUCAACGUCUUCAUCAUCGUCAACGAAGCCAACAUCACCACUAACUUCAGCUUCUACAAAACAUGAACCAACCUCAACGUCUCCAUCAUCGUCAACGAAGCCAACAUCACCACGUAGUUCAGCUUCUACUAAACAUCAACCAACCUCAAAGUCUUCAUCAGCGUCAACGAAGCCAACGUCACCACGAACUUCAGCUUCUACUAAACAUCAACCAACCUCAAAGUCUUCAUCAGCGUCAACGAAACCAACAUCACCACGAAGUUCAGUUUCCACAAAACACCAACCAACCUCAACGUCUUCAUCAUCGUCAACGAAGCCAACACCACCACGAAGUUCAGCUUCUACUAAACACCAACCAACCUCAACGUCUUCAUCAUCGUCAACGAAGCCAACACCACCACGACGUUCAGCUUCUACAAAACACCAACCAACCUCAACGUCUUCAUCAUCGUCAACGAAGCCAACAUCACCACGAAGUUCAGCUUCUACAAAACAACCAACGUCUUCAUCAUCACAUUCCCCAAAUGCUACUGAACACGGAUCUACAGAAACAUCCAGAACUGAAGUGUCAUCCAGUUCCUCGGGCUCUACCAGCAGUGUGUCUAUGACUGCAUCAUCGCCGACAACGUCCUCCUCACCUGUUGCACCAUUCCUCAAAAACCCCGUUAUCAACGAGGUCAGCAUUCUUGUUCGGAAUGAUGUCAACAACUCUUUUAUAGAACUAAGAGGACCAAACAUGACCCUGGUCAACUUUUCUCUGGUGGUGUUUGACGGAAAAUCGACGGAGACUCUCUUCCACAAACGAUUUGGCAAGCACGAAGUUAUCAAUGGGAGCGGUAUCGUUGUAGUGCAUUACGCCUUGAAACACAACCACACAGCCAAUGAUUCGUCUGUGGCAGUUGCAUUGUAUGACAACUCCAAAUGGCUCCAGCACUACACCGACCACAUACCAAUCAACCAGAUACGCGGACUAUUGGAUUCCUUCAUAGUGCGUACUACCGAGGAAGAUAUCCACACCGACAUCUUGGAGAACCUAGUACCCAAGUCGACCAAGAGAAUCUUUACUGUCAACCCAAGUUUGAUUAGUGGAAGAUCGAACGUGAGCAUCAGCAGGUGCGGGAAUGACACCAAAGAUCCAGGAUCCUUCAUCUUAGCGCCCUCUACCAUCGGUCUAUCAAACAACUGUACAACGGGUUACGGCAACAGGGUCCAGUUUAAACUCUCGAACGCCAACUGCGAGGACUUCCGGUCAAACAAAGCACUACAGCAAAGCCUGAUUGACGUCAUCGUGAACAGCGUCAACGACAAGUGCAAAUGUGGAUUGUCGCAGGUGCUUGUGAAAGAGAGGAAGUACAUAUGCGGGAGCCUCAUCUUCGAGGCCUAUCUGGAAUCAAGCUUCCCCUGGCAGUCCCACCUCAUCUUCCACGGCUUCCGCAACUUCGUCCACACUUCCAACACCGUCAUUGUCGGUCCUCGCAGCUACAUCACCGACUCCACCUGUUUUCAGGACUGCCUGCCGCCAGCCACCAAACCCGGCAGUAAAGGCGACGACAACGUGACCUUGACAGUGGCUGUGGUGGUAUCGUGUGUCGGUGUUUUCCUCAUCAUCGCAAUGAGCGUGAUCAUCUACAUCCGUCGGAAGAAGAGGGGCAUCGUGACAUUCCGGCUGACGAACCUAGGGAAACUGGACACGUCGAGCAUGUUGCACGAGGACAAAGACGACCUCAUUGACGAGGACAACGCCACCUUUAGGACUAUCUCCAUCGCCUCUUAAAUCUGCGCAUUAAUCUAGUCUCGCCUCAAAUGUGACACUGUGACGUCACGUCCGCAGGAAAUCAAGACCUGAGACUUGGGUGAUCAUUAUUAUUACUAACGCUUAAACGUGCGAAAAGGAAGCGAAGGAUCGAAUACUAUUUGAUGCCCCUUCUGAGACUUUCAGCUGCACGUAUAUAACAAGGCAACACCAAGCCACCAGAUAUAGGUCAAUCGCCUUCUUCCUAACCGAUGUCGUCACAGGAUAUUGGUGUAUGCCGCAUUGCAAACUCGUCUAUUCAGUGUAUUAUAUAUCCAUUAUUUCCAUAAAUAGUUUCAAAUUUCACGACGCUAAAAAUAGGCGUCCAAUCAGACUGCUCAAACGAGCGAGAGAAAUUCCGUGCUCCGUUCAGUGAUGUGCCUUGAAUGCUGUACAUCCCAGCCCUCCAAUUAAACUACUCUCACGGGCGAGAGAAAUUAUGUGCCAAGUUUGAAGGUCGUCGGACGUGACGUGGAAUCGACGGCGGCGAAUGUAUCCUCGGCCCCGUUCCUCAAUGCAAUCGUCGCGCUAAGCUGAUCGUAACUUCCACACUUCAACAGACUUACGACAAUCGUAGCUACAAUGGAUGCUUUCUGUACAGUGGCGUUAUCAUAGCAUCGGAAUUCUUAAUUGUGCGUGUCAGAUGACUGCUGUAUGUUGAGGUCAUGUUUGAUGCACAAUACGUUGACAUGCUUCAUAUGAACAUGACUGGUACAAUCCUGUUUUCUUUCGGUAUGUACGUGUCAUCAGCGACUGAUAGUGUUUAGUUCAUCUGAUCAGGUGCUUGCUUAGUGGACGUGUUAUCGUCUAUGCCUGUUUAUGUGGCCAGCCUCGAUUAUGAAUCGUAAAUACUGCUGACUGCGGCGCCAAACAACAUUCCCUCCACGGCACAAUGUGACCAGUUGUAUAAUCAGCGAGUACAUCCUUCGCAUGAUUGUGAACCCGUGAAUCGGUCCUCGACCAUCCAUGCUUGUCGUAAGAAGCGACUAACGGGAUCGGGUGGUCAGGCUCGCUGGCUUGGUUAACACGUCAUCGUAUCCAAGUUGCGUAGAUCGAUGCUCAUGAUGUUGAUCACUGGAUUGUCUGGUCCAGGCUCUAUUAUUACAGACCGCUGCUAUAUAGCUGGAAUAUGCUGACUGCGGCGUUAAACAACAAUCAGUCAAUCACUUGAUUGUGAUACUGUCACCACUUAACAUCUUGAAUGCACAGGCCCUCGUGUCUUUGCGAGGAUUAAAGAUUUUUUUUAAAUAUACAUAUAAAGUUGAGAUAACCCCCCCGACUCGAAAUACUUCACAGUACAAUACAUAAUGACCUUGUUAUGAUGUUUUGUACUGUGAACCAUUUCGAGGCGGGGGUCAUCUAAAAAAACAAUAUGUUUUUAAUCAUUCAUCCUCGUAAAGACACGAGGGCCUGUGCUUGAAUGUUCCUUCAAAUCUGGAAUGAGCCUGGACUGUUCCUGACCCAAGUCCUGUAAGCUAUAGUAAGGUGCAUUGUGUAUGACCGACCUAAUCAUCCUGGUUGUCUCAGAUGAGGACUGAUAGUGGUUGACCUGUCUGCUAGCUGUGUAUGUAUGGUGUUAUGUGGGACACUGCAACCGAAUCAACACAUGGGGUGAUUUCAUGGGCAUUGGUAAAGGAAGCUUAGAAAUUUUGGAAGAAACAAACCACUCCUCUGUAUACAAUUCAAAAGGAGACCCAAUUAGAUAUGAUUUGAAGCUGUAUAAUAUAUUCCUGUCUCAUUCACGGCUACAUACUUUACUUUUGGGAGAAGGUUUGUGAGUAAUGUAAAUAUAUGUCAUGUAUAUACCCAUGUGUAUAGUUAAUAUACAAGGUGAGACGAAUGAUUCAUAUUUUCAUGGAAAUUUAAGUUUUCAGUUUUAGCCACUUGUAAAUAAAACAUAAACUGAUUAA